UGUCUUUUUGUCCAGAUCUCCCACAAUGUUGUGUGUGUGAAGAGGAGGAGGUUCUCAAUGAAACAGAACCACAGAGGAACCAACUCAUCUCUCAUGGCUCUGCAGAAACUGAGAACCAGAAUCAGGAAGGAAUCAAUUCUGAAGACCCAGGAAAAAAGAGAAAGGAAGAACAAAAACAAAAGGAGAAAUAUGAGAAAACCAAAGAGCAGAAAGGCAGAACUGACACUUCAAAACAAAAAAAGCACAAGAAAGCUCACGCAGGGCAAAAAUUAUAUUCUUGUAAAAUUUGUGAUAAAACCUUUUCUCGAAACGAUAUCUUGCUAAGACACAUAAGAAUUCACAAAGAUGAGCGGCCUUUUUCUUGUGGGACCUGUGGAAAGAGUUACAGUAAAAGAGGGACUUUAACUCAUCACAUGAGAAUUCACACAGGUGAGAAGCCCUUCUCAUGUGGGACCUGUGGAAAGAGUUACAGUGAAAGAGGGCCUUUAACUGAUCACAUGAGAAUUCACACAGGUGAGAAGCCUUUCUCUUGUGGAUCCUGUGGAAAGAGUUUCUCUCGAAAGGACGUUCUAAAUGUCCACAUGAUAACUCACACAGGUGAGAAGCCUUUCUCUUGUGGGAUCUGUGGAAAACGUUUCUCUCAAAAAGGUGUUUUAAAUGUUCACAUGAGAAUUCACACAGGUGAGAAGCCUUUCUCCUGUGGAUCCUGUGGAAAGAGUUUCUCUCGAAAGGACGCUCUAAAUGUCCACAUGAUAACUCACACAGAUGAGAAGCCUUUCUCUUGUGGGUCUUGUGGAAAGAGUUUCUCUCGCAAAGAUUAUUUAAAUGUUCAUAUGAAAAUUCACACAGGUGAGAGGCCUUUCUCUUGUGGGUCUUGUGGAAGAAGUUUCUCUUGCAAAGAUUAUUUAAAUGUUCAUAUGAAAAUUCACACAGGUGAGAAGCCCUUCUCAUGUGGGACCUGUGGAAAGAGUUACAGUGAAAGAAGG